CAGCCAAUCACAUUUCAAUGUUUGACUGGUGUAUUCGCUGCCUCAUCAACAGUGUGAAAAUCAUCAUGUUUUAAAAUGGAUGGAACGUUUUAUUCAAUGCUUUUUUUUUAAAAGCGUCGAUGACCGAAUUGAGCUUUUCGUUUUUUGGAUAGACACGUUACAAAAAGUGCCAUUUCGUCACCGUUGUGACCCAAAGAGCGUCCCCAUGUCAACAUGUCAUGGUCGUGGCUCAGAACGUGCCGUUGGUACCUGAACCGGACGGUCACUCUCGGGGACUUUCAUUGCUCCGCUACCGCCACAAAACGGCGGACGAAACGCCUGCCUGACUGUGCUUCCAGCAGACGAUACGCAACGACGGAUGGAGGCGAUGUACGGGUGAGGUUCGCCCCAAGCCCGACAGGUUUCUUGCACCUUGGAGGUCUUCGCACGGCUCUCUACAAUUACAUCUUUGCCAAGAAGUAUGGCGGGUCGUUUGUGCUGCGCCUGGAGGACACUGAUCAAAGCAGGCUGGUACCAGGGGCUGCUGAGGCCAUAGAAGAAAUGUUACAGUGGGCAGGUAUACCUCCAGAUGAGAGUCCAGCCCGGGGCGGGCCGCUGGGUCCGUACCUUCAGUCAAAAAGAUUGGAGCUUUAUAGACAGGCAGCCUCACAGCUGGUGGACGGGGGCCACGCUUACCACUGUUUCUGCAGCCCUCAAAGGCUGGAGCUGCUCAAAAAAGAGGCCCUGAGGACAGGACAGACUCCCAGGUAUGACAACCGGUGUCGACACCUUCGAGGUGAGCAGGUCCAGGAAAAGCUGGCCCAGGGAGCGCCCCAUGUCAUUAGGUUCCGUCUCGAGGAGGGAGUGGAGUCCUUUCAGGAUCUCAUCUUUGGGUGGAAUCGUCACGAGGUGGCACAGGUGGAGGGUGACCCCGUGGUUAUAAAAGCAGACGGUUUCCCCACCUACCACCUCGCGAACAUAGUGGACGACCACCACAUGAGGAUCAGCCAUGUACUUCGGGGCUCCGAGUGGCUAAUCUCCACAUCCAAGCACCUCCUUAUGUACCGGGCCCUCGGAUGGCAGCCGCCCGCCUUCGGACACCUGCCCCUGCUGACUAACAAGGACGGCAGCAAACUAUCCAAGAGGCAGGGGGACAUAUUCAUCCAGAAAUUCCAGAGAGAUGGCGUCCUGCCGGAGGCUCUGCUGGACAUCACCACCAACUGCGGCUCAGGAUUCAGCAGCAAUCGAGUGGGACGGACAAUAGAUGAACUGAUCUCCGAGUUUAACCCUUCCAGGAUCACAACGCAUUCUGCUCUGCUUGACCUUGAAAAGCUGCCGGAGUUCAACAAAACCCACCUGCAGCAUCAUAUUGAAGAUGAGCAGAAAUGCAAUUUUCUGAUAAAGGAUCUGCAGGAACAAAUCAGAGAGGCCUACACAUCUGCGAUCCAGGAUGAAGACCUCCUGUAUGAUGAUUAUAUCAGGCGGGUUCUACACUUACGAAAGGGUCACAUAUCCUCUCUGCGGGAGCUCGUAAGUCCCGCUUACUCGUACCUAUGGGUGCGUCCUUCCUUUUCCAGUCAACAGGUGGCAGCACUCUCCACAGAGGCCCGGCAGGUCGCCACAUUUGCGCUUAAAUUAGUGGAAGAACGAGGAGAGGCAGCUGCCGUGGAUCAAAUCAGCAAAGAUUUGAAGACGCUGGCCAAGCAGACCAAGGGCACCAAAUACAGUGACGUGAUGAGGCUUUUACGGUUGACUCUCAGCGGACUGCAGCAAGGACCCAGCGUCGCGGAAAUGAUGGUGGCUUUGGGGCCUGCGGAGACCAUCCAUCGAUUGCAGAAGCUUCUUCUGCUUGAUGAGACCAGUUAGCCAUACCGGACAAGCCACAAGGUCUUCCUUUGUCCAGGAUGAGACUUUGGCGUCAGAGCUUUUGACUGAUGCUGACUGUGACGCAAACAAACCAAAUUGCUGAUUGAAGUACCAAAGUUGUCAUCUUUCACGUGCAACAGUGAACUCGUGUGUUUGCAAUUUGCCUCGGCUUGUUUAAGAUUAAGAUAUCCUUUAUUUGUCCCACACUGGGGAAAUUUACAGCCUCCUGCAGCAAGAAUGUAGGUAGAAAGAAGAAAAAAACAACAACAAACACCGUUCAAUUAAGUGCAAUAUAAAUAAAAAAUGGAUA